GCGACAUGCGGGGGACACUCCGAGCUCUGUUUCUGACGGCAUCAGCGACGCGGGCGUUCGCAUCAUGUGCCCACGGCACAUUUUUACACCCUCGCGAGGAGGGCGGGGCUGUUGAAGUCGGAAAGUUUGGGUACAUCGGCAGCAUUGGACCUCUCCACUGGGCCGCGCUGGACUCGCCAGCCAACAACUUGUGCGCCACGGGCACCCGCCAAUCGCCCAUCAACAUGGUGGACGGCGUGUUCACGGUGCUUCAAGGCUCGGACGUGCAGUUGACGGUAAACGACAUGCCGAACGGGGCCGACUUCGAGAACCUCGGCACCACGGUGGAGGUGGUCGCGCAGGGCGGCACGCUGAAGGUUGCCGACAAGCAGUUUGAGCUGCAGCAGUUCCAUUUCCACUUGCCGAGCGAGCACCUGGACAACGGAACUAGCCAAGCAAUGGAAAUGCACAUGGUGUUCCAGUCGGCGCAGAAAGAGAUCGCUGUCAUCGGCGUGUACAUCAACAUCGCCGACCAACCCAGCAGCAACACCACCACCACCACUUCGCUAUCCAAAGCCGCCCCAAAACGCUCCCUCCCCGGCCUCACCCGACGCGAAUCACCACUCGCCGCAACGCCCCUACUCGAAACACUCUUCACCUCCCUCCCGGCGAUAACCAACCCCGGCACGCGCACCAAAACCGCGCCUCUCGCCAUGGGCCCGCUGGUGGACCUGCUGCUGAAGGGGAACACGUUCCAGACCUACUCGGGCUCGCUGACGACGCCGCCGUGCAGCGAGGGCGUGCGCUGGCUCGUGUCGGGCGCGCGGCUGGCCGUGACGCCGGCCACGUUCGCGCGCGCGCGCGACGUGCUCGGCUUCAACGCCCGCUUUGUGCAGAACGCGCCCGGCGAGCCCAACGCGCUCAUGCAGGCGGCUGUUGGGACUGCGGUUGCGGCUGUGGAGGCGGGGGCUGGGUUGGCUGGGGGGAGGGUGUAA